AUGAAGGACUGGGGCUACGCUCAUUUCAAUGGAGGUCCAACUCUCAUCAAUUUGUUCACUAGUAUGGUGCUGAAAGUAGCGAAUGCGAAUCAUCCGAAAUUACGCAACUUCGAGUGUUUGAAUGAACGAAGAAGUGAUAACUGCAAAUCAGAAAAGCUGAGAGAGUUAGUGUUGGAGAGUGUCGGCGUAUAUCCACAUCAGUACAGUUAUCAAGCUAACAAGCCGAAGAACGAUUUGGGAACUUGGUGGAGUGUAGUGAUCGUCGGUGACCGAGGAGGUUAUGGAAUGAGUGCUGUCUACGACAAAUUCAGAAACACAAGAGUGAUGAUCAGAUGGAGGGCGUGCCACCGAAUGAUCUGGCAGCUUAUUCCACUUUUGCUAGUUCUCUGCUCUUCAGUCAUCAUCUCAGCGAGAGGGAAACGUGAUAACUGCAAAUCAGAAAAGCUGAGAGAGUUAGUGUUGGAGAGUGUCGGCGUAUAUCCACAUCAGUACAGUUAUCAAGCUAAGUACUUGAAACAGCAAGCCGAAGAACGAUUUGGGAAUUGGUGGAGUGUAGUGAUCGUCGGUGAUCGAGGAGGUUAUGGAAUGAGUGCUGUCUACGACAAAUUCAGAAACACAAGGUUAGCCCAGUAUCACGGUUGUGUAUCUUCAUGGAGAUGG